UUGUCAGUGGUCCUCUACUCAUGUAGGCUACUGAUGCUGAAGAACACCUGGAUGAAGGAGUUGCAGCUCAUCUUUUCGAUUACAUUUAAAAAAAAUCUUAGAUCAUUUGUAUUUUAUUUAGGCAACAACUAUGAAUUACUACAUUCUGUCCUUAAUAUGGGCGAUAACAUUACCUGCGUGCAUGGCCAUCCAGGGAUUAUACAAUUUCGGUCAGCCCGAGUUAUUCUUCAAAAAGAAUAACUGCAAGCCCAUCCCGGCCAAUCUUCUUUUGUGCCAUGACAUCGAAUACACCGAGAUGCGCCUCCCGAAUCUUCUCGGGCACGAGACCAUGAACGAGGUUUUGCAGCAAGCCUCUUCGUGGAUUCCACUGGUCCAGAAGCAGUGUCACCCCGACACGAGGAAGUUUCUUUGCUCUCUCUUUGCACCGGUGUGUCUGCACGAUUUGGACGAGCCUAUCCAGCCGUGCAGGUCGUUGUGCGUGAGCGUCAAACACGGUUGCGCACCGGUGAUGUCCGCGUUCGGGUUCCCGUGGCCAGAUAUGCUUGACUGCGAGCGCUUCCCCCAAGACAAUGACCUGUGUAUCCCUCCAGCGGGCAUCGAUUAUUUCAUGCCAGUUGCCAAAGAAGUGCCCAGAGUGUGUGACGCCUGCAAGGAAAAGGAGGAAAAUGACAAUGAAAUAGUUGACAACCUGUGCAAAAACGACUUCGCCCUGAAGAUCAAGGUAAAGGAGAUCUCCUACAUGAACGGCGACACCAAGAUCGUGCCCGAGACCAAGAGCAAGACCAUCUACAAGCUGAGCGGUGUGACGGAACGAGACCUGCGCAAGACGGUGCUCUGGCUCAAGGAUGGCCUGCAGUGUGUGUGCGACGAGAUGAACGACAUCAACGCCUCCUACCUGGUCAUGGGCCAGAAGAUGGAUGGCCACCUGGUCAUCACCUCGCUCAAGCGCUGGCAGCGGGGCCAGCGUGUGUUCAAGAGGAUCUCGCGCAGCAUCCGCAAGCUGCAGUGCUGAGCGAAGCCAGACUCAAGACCCGAUGAGUCUUAUCUAAACUCUAAGAGCCGGAUCUGGUCCGAUCCGAAUGCAACUAGUUCUCAGUCAGUAUUGUUAAACGUCCUGUUCUUAGUACCAUGUUUAUUUGAUCCAUCAAUAGUCCUUAUAAGAUAACACAAAUCACAUACACAUUACAUUAAAAUCAAAGACAAACAGGUGAAUAUUGCAGGUCUACUACAUACUACCUGUAAUGUUGUAUGCAUAUUUCAGUGUUUCUGAAAAGAUUCAAAAUCAUUAUUUUCAUUUUUUCAUUAUGCAAUGCAGUCUGUUAGGCUACACUUAUCCAGACUUGAUGAUGAGGCUGGAUACAUUUAGUGCAUUGGCCUAUCAUCAGGUGAGAGGGAGAGUGUGUGGUUUCUGUGUGCAUGGUGUGAUAUUGUUUCAGAUGUAUUCGUUAAGAUGAUGAUAUGGUAUGUAAAGAAAUACAAUGUAAUGUGCUUUUUUACUUAUUAUUUUUCUCAAGCAAUGAGAGAUAGCUGGCUAUAUUCUCUGCCUUUUAGAUGGUACUUCCAAUGUACCCCUGGCAUUGCAAGUUCAGCAGCCCAAAGCAAGGCCCAUAUCAUUGCAGUGACGACAAUCAAUUAUUUGACCCUCUGCAGUCAAUGGACUAUGUCACCUUUUUGUACAUGAGCCUCAAUACUGCACUGUUUAUUUUUCUACCACAAUGAUUGAUUAUGAAAUAUUUUUCUGUUUCAAGCUUUUUCAAGUAAAUUCCUUUGACAUUGGGGAUCAAAUUGUGGAGUGCCCGUCUACCAUGCCAUUUCUGUUUCUCUCAACUUUUUAAAAUUACAUUUCUUCUCACUAUGGCAGCGUGUCUUAGGUAUGUUAACUAAGUAUAUCAGGAUUGUAUAUUAGUGGUCGAUUGUGUUUUCAUUUUUAGGGUUUUAGGGGUGAAUGCAACGUGUGUGUGUGUGUGUGUGUGUGUGUGUGUGUGUGUGUGUGUGUGUGUGUGUGUGUGUGUGUGUGUGUGUGUGUGUGUGUGUGUGUGUGUGUGUGUGUGUGUGUGUGUGUGUGUGUGUGUGUGUGUGUGUGUGUGUGUGUAAAAUAUUGCUUUAUAUAGUACUCUGUAAAUAUCAGAAACCUUGUAUUCAUGUACAUAGUUUCGGGAGACAGCAGCAGUUGACACGUGUGUAUUCAGAUGGUGAUAUAUAUUUUUGUAAAUUACAACACUAAACAUAUGUUUGUAGAA